CCUCUUUUGUCUCAGCCUGCUCACCCCUGCUGGUCUCCCGAGCAAACUACACCGCCCCCCCCCCCGCCGUGAGGGGCGGGCACCCCGAAACUUUCAAGGUCCCCAGUUCUAGAUCGCGAGUGUUCUGGCGGGAGAGAGCGCGAAAAGCGCCUCGCCCGAACGCCUCCCCUCUCAGGGGAGUCAGCUGGGGGCAGAGCGCCCGAGCGAGCUCCAUCCCUCCCGGUGUCAGCUCUGUGCUUUCUGGAGACUCCCAGGCUGGCUUGCGCGGGGAAAGCGGACGAGCUUGGAAGAAAGCUGGCCCGGCGGCUGCAGACCCGCCCUCGGCCGCAAGGGAGUCCCAUCGGGCAAGACUCAGUGGGGCUCCCGAACCGCAGCGGGAGGGGGUCUGGGUUGGGACCAGACAUCGAGGCUCCCGGCUCGCCGAGGAACAGGGCCAAUCUGCGACCCCGCAGCGAAGGAGCCGUGCGCUAGUCCCGGCUGCCGCGGCGGCGGGGCUGCCGCUCGCUCGCAACCCGGGGCUUCUCUCUUCCCCAUCUUCUCGGCGCCUCUCAGCAUCUUCCCGCUGAUGCUCCGCCACAGCGCGCUCGGGUCUCCCCGGGAGCCCGGGACGUCCGGUCCGCCGCUCUCCGCUUCAGCUCUCGCAGCUUCGCGAGUCCUCCGGGAGGGGUGGGCUUGAGGGCCAGGGGCGGGUCUGAAGGCGGGCCUGGAGGCGGAGCUGUCUCUGCGGCAGGCCCGAGCUCCGCUCCCCCCCUCAUCUGUCUCUCUCUCUCCCUUCCUCCCUCCUCCUCCUCCUGCUCCGGGCUCCGCCCGGCAUGGGGGGGCUAGCGCCUGGCAGGCCAGUUGAUCCAGGACCCAGGGAGGGGCUCCCCCCAGGCCUGGUGGUGCUGAGCAGAGUCUCACAUCUCCUUCUUGUCUUACGACAUGAACCUGCUCUACCGAAAAACCAAGCUGGAGUGGAGACAGCACAAAGAGGAGGAGGCCAAAAGGAGUACAAGUAAGGAAGUGGGACCUGCAGGUCCUUCAGGGCCAGGGCCUGGGGUUCGUGCACGAGACGUCUCUUCACUUCGACGCUCUCUCAGGAUGGGCUUCAUGACCAUGCCUGCUUCCCAGGAGCAUGUCCCUCACCCCUGCCGUAGUGCCAUGGCUCCCCGCUCCCUCUCCUGCCAUUCGGUGGGGAGCAUGGAGAGUAGUGGGAGCACUACUGGUGGAGGUGGGAGCAGUGGAGUUGGGGGAGAUGUUGGAGCCCGGAGGCCACCUGUGAAGCCCCGGAGACAUCCCAGCACUAAACUCAGCAUGGCUGCAAGUGGGGCUGAGUUACCUCCCAGCAAGAAAGCAGGUUCUCAGAAGCCAGGUCCUGAAGGCCGUGAGUCUAGCCGGAAAAUCCCUCCUCAGAAGCCAAAGCGCAGUCCCAACACCCAGCUCUCUGUCUCUUUUGAUGAGUCCUGCUCAAUGGCUCCUACUUCUCGAGUUGGGGCCCUGCCCCUGCAGCGACACAGCCGGGGGGGAAGGGGGGUAGGUGAACAUGAUUUGAGCUCACAGGAUGAAGAACCUGUCUACAUCGAAAUGGUGGGUGAUGUCUUCCAGGGUGGCGGAGGGAGUAGUGGAAGAAGUAGUGGAGGUCCAGCAGGUGCCUCUGUUGGAGGAGGGGGAACAGGCCCCCCAACUGGCCCAGACUCUGACUCUGAGGAGAGUGAGGCCAUAUAUGAAGAAAUGAAAUACCCACUCCCUGAAGAUGUAGCAGAAGGCCGGGCCAAUGGAGCCCCCCCAACAGCUGCUGUCUCUCCAUUGCAUCAUACUCAUUCUCAUCACUCCCACCGUCGUCCAGCUUCUGCCCUCCAGAGCAGGCAGAAUGGGGCUUCUACUAAGAUUUCCCCUUGUGAAAUCCCACCACCUUUUCCCAACCUUCUCCAGCACCGUCCCCCACUUCUUGCCUUCCCCCAAGCCAAGCCUACUACCCGGACUCCGGGGGAUGGGGUCUCUAGGUUGCCAGUUCUCUGUCACACCAAGGAGUCGGCCGUCCCUGUCCCAGCUCUCCAAGUGCCUGGACGGGAUCAAGAGACAACCCCAACCCCGCCUCCUGCUGCCAAUUUGCUGCUACUAGGGCCCUCUGGUCGGGCACGGAGCCAUUCAACACCACUGCCCCCUCAGGGCUCUGGUCAGCCUCGAGGGGAGAAGGAAAGAGAGAUUCCUAAUUCCCAUAGUAUGAUCUGUACCAAGGCAGCAGGAGCACCAGCAUCUUCCCCUAGCCCAGCCAUGUUGCUCCCAGGACCCCCCAAGGACAAAGCUGUGUCUUAUACCAUGGUAUAUUCAGCCGUCAAGGUGACAACACACUCUGUGCUACCAACUGGCCCAUCUCUGGGGGGUGGGGAGCCGAAGACAGAGAAGGAAAUCUCAGUCCUUCACGGGAUGCUUUGUGCUAGUUCCAGGCCAGUACCUACUGGGAAAGCUGCCCCCCACAGUGGACCCGGAAUACUUCACCACCGGAGCUGCCUGGCUUCUCCCCACAGCCUUCCUGAUCCUACAGCUACCCCCCUUUGUCCCCUCUGGACCUAUCCAACCACAGCUGGUCUCAAGAGACCCCCAGCCUAUGAGAGCCUGAAGGCAGGGGGCUUGCUAUCUAAGGGCUGUGGGGUUGGGGCUCCUGCUCCCAUGGUCAAGAUCCAACUACAGGACCAGGGUACCAGUGGGAGUGCAUUUGCUAGCAUCUCCUGUGCUCAUGUCAUUGCCAGUUCAGGGACACCAGAGGAGGAAGAGCAGGAGGAGGAGGAGGUGGGAACAACGACAUUUGGGGCGGGCUGGGCCCUGCAGAGAAAAGUCCUGUACAGAGGGAGGAAAGCAAAGGACUUGGAGACAGAGUCUGUAGAAGGUGUACGGGCCUGGAAUGGUAGUGGAGAAGCUCCAAGCAAGGCAGAAAAAGAGGAGAAGGGACUCCUCUCAUCAGGCAUUCCUGUGCGAAGCCAAGGGGCAGAGGGCCUGCUGGCCAGGGCUCAUCACAGUGGGGACCAGGCUGGAGGGGGAGGAAGCCGAACAGGACUUACCAUGCCCUGCCAAACCUUCCCUGCCUGCCACCGCAAUGGAGACUUCACAGGAGGUUACCGCCUAGGGCGCUCAGCCUCUACCUCUGGGGUUCGCCAUGCUGCUGUCCAUACCCCAAGACCCUGCAGCCAGCCCAGGGAAAUCCUCAGCCAGACCCAUCCUGCACUGCUGCUGCCUCUUCCCCCACAGCCAGUCCCAGAGAGGGAUGGCAAGUUGCUGGAGGUGAUCGAGAGAAAACGCUGCGUCUGCAAGGAGAUUAAGGCAAGGCACCGGCCGGACCGGGGGCUCUGCAAGCAGGAAAGCAUGCCCAUCCUCCCCAGUUGGAGACGGGGGCCAGAACCCCGAAAAACUGGCACUCCUCCAUGCCGCCGGCAGCAAACAGUCUUGUGGGAUACUGCUAUCUGAAAGGGGCAGGAUUGGGGGGCAGAUCCAGAUAAGGACUAAGGGAUAAACUAAUGCCCAGUCUCCCCCUAGGAUACCACCCUUUAAAGGGGGCCAAGUAAUCAUCUCCCACUAGGAUUCUGCCGUGGGAAAGAGAAGCUUGGUCUCUCUGAAGGAGAGUCAGUAAGAACUGAAAGACAGUAAGAACAAUUCACCCUCCCCCUCGACCACCAAGACCCUGGAGGCUAAGUGGAAUGGUAGGGGAUUGAGGAGUGGGCAGCUCCCUCAAACAACACCUACCUUCUGCCCCUUUGCUGGACUUUGGGGAAGAAAGGUAAUACAGGAGCUGAAAGUGGAGGCCUUUGGCUAUUCCCCUCUUGUCAGAGCUAUGGAUUUCUCAUCCAACAAGGAUAGAUGAUAAAACUGGGAGGGAGGGAAAGGGCUGGUAAGAAAAGAGGGAGGUGGGGCAUAUAGUUCCAAAGGGGAAAAGAAAGGAACUACUUUAUAGAGAAAGUGGGGAAAGGGAGGGGAGGUAUUUAUUUUAUUUAUUUAUUUUUAAUCUAGAGGAGGAAAUCUAUACCCCUCUUGUCCCUCUGCUGAAAAGGGGUUAGGGAACUGAGAUACUACGGGAAUCAAAGAAGCUUUCUUUCUCCUAAAUCCCUAAAUAUCUCACCACUCAAAUCUCUCCCAUAAUCAGUAUUUCUAGCUUGAGGGUAGAGCCAGGAAUGAAAGAAGAGACUAGGAAAGUGUGAAAUUUGGUAGUGAAAGUGGCCUGGUCUCCAAAGUUAGGGGCUGGGGCCAGGGAGGGAAGAAUGGUGGGAGUGGAGAGAAAUUGUAAAGGGGGGGGUGGUGGUAUUUAUUUAAAUUAUAAAGAGAAAACAAGAACUACCAGGAGCUUUUUUAAAAUUAUUAUUCAUUUUGUUCCAGAAUAAUAUAUUAAAAGAAUAAUGAUCCUAGAACUGGCCUCAUAUGUUUAAUGGCACCUUGUUCUAUAUCUUAUACUAUUGCCACUGCUCUCCAUCUUUGUCUUUGACUGGUAGAGCAUUGAACCCCAGAAAGCAAGGGUUUUAAGUAUGGAAAGUCAAAAGGAAAGAUGGAGCUUGGGAUAGAGGAGAACUGGAAUCCCACGAGAUCUGAGCCAAGACAAUUAAGUAUAUAAGAAUGCUUCCUACUCAAAAGUAAUUUAAUUCAUUGGACAUUUAUUUAUUAAUUGUCUAGUAUGUAUUAAAGUUACAUGUCAGGAAAAGCUUUCUAAUAAUUAGAGCUAUCUAAAAUUGUAAUAGACUUCUUUGAGAGAUGAUGAGUUCCCUCUUCUUUGGAAGUCUUCAAGUAGAGGCUGGAUAACUAUUUCUUGAGCACAUUAUUACUGGUGAUCCUUUCAAGAAUGGAUGGGACUUGACUGUUGAGAUUCCUCCCUAUUCUCACAUGCAAUGAUUCCUAAUGGUGAAAACAAAAAUAAAAUAAGAAACAAUCAAUACAUAUUAAGUGGAAAUAACACAGUACAGGGAGUUAGGAAAAUAACUGAAUAAGAAUUCUGGCCCUAAUAUUUGUAUGAUCCAGGGGAAAUUAUUUAACCAGGGGAAAAAUCAACCUUGAUUAGCUAAUCUGUAAAAUAGGGACAAUAUAGUAUUUACAUCCCAAAAUUUUUGAAGAAAACUUUUUGUCAGUCUUCAAUCAGCUUCAAAAGAACUGUGAUUUUAUUGAAGUGAACACUUCCUCCAUUCCAAAUUUAGUUUUCAUGGGUUGACUUCAGCUUUAGAUAGAUCAAGCUUUAAGUGCAAGCAAGACUCUCAUGAAAAUUUUAUUUGGAAAGAGAAAACAAGACCAGAUUUGUCAGCCUAGGAGAGAAAGUUAAAACAGAGCAUUCAAAAGUUCUCUAACCUGAGAGAGUCAAAGACUGAGUCUUGAAAAGUACCUCAAUUAGGAAACAAGAGGAAGAAGAUAAAUCACAAAAAGAAACAGGAAUAAUGUGGAUCAAGAUCUAAAGAGAACAAGAAAGGAGAUUUUUUUUUUCAGGAAAGGACUUAAGAUACUUCAGUGGAUCUGUUAUCUCAAUCAUACCCCCCUCCAAAUUUUCCAGAUCAUCACUAUUAGGAAUAAUGUCCUAGAUUUCUGACUAAGGAAACAGAUUAAUUACCAAAAACUUAUUCUAAACAAAAAACAACAACAACAAAAACUUUCACCAAUAACAAGGUAAAAAAGUAAAUAAAUUACAUGAGACGGAAUAAUGAGGAAGAAAUCU